UCUCUCCACUGAGCGGCAGCAGACAGGAAAAACCCUCUCACGGACAAAUGGCGUCUCUCCGGUGCGAAGCAGCUGAUUUCCUGCAGAGCGCAGCAACAGUAGCGCGGACAAUAAAGAGGGCCUGAUCUUUGACGCUGCUGCAGGCGACAGUAGCAGGUCAAAUGUUUCCACCCCGUCGUUGGAGGGACACAUAACGAACAUGGGCAUCACCCCUUCAGAGACUUCCUCCUCCUCCUCCUCUUCCUCCUCCUCUUCUUCCUCCUGCUGCCCCACCGCCUGACUGACUGACUGGCUGGCUGGCCUUCUUCGUUAAUCCACUUCAGGGGAUCAUCUUUUUCCAACCCUUCCUGAGGUUUCACCAUCAAGACGGCGUUAUCUCAGAAAGCCAGCUCGGUGGCGGUAAAGAUGACCACGGCACGGUACCGUCCCACCUGGGAGCUUGCCGUGGACCCCCUGGUCUCAUGUAAGCUGUGCCUUGGAGAGUUUCCUCUGGAGCAGAUGACCACCAUCACUCAGUGCCAAUGUGUCUUCUGUACACUGUGCCUGAAGCAGUACGUGGAACUCCUGAUAAAAGAAGGCCUUGAAACUUCAAUUAGUUGUCCAGACUCUGCCUGCCCCAAAAGAGGACACUUGCAGGAAACUGAGAUCGAGUGCAUGGUGGCCACGGAGAUGAUGCAGAGAUACAAGAAGCUUCAGUUUGAAAGGGAAGUGCUACUGGACCCGUGUCGGACGUGGUGCCCCUCCUCCACCUGCCAGGCUGUGUGCCAACUAAAAGAAUCGGAUUCUCCAACGCUGCCACAGCUGGUCCAGUGCGCCGUCUGUGCCCUCGAGUUCUGCUCGGCCUGCAAAGCCAACUGGCACCCGGGGCAGGCCUGCCAGGAGAACAACCUGUCCAUCACGUCUUUCCUACCAGGAGAAAACAGCUCUUUCUUCAAGAACGAAGAGGACGACGCACCAAUCAAGCGCUGUCCUAAAUGUAAAGUUUACAUCGAGAGGGACGAGGGCUGUGCACAGAUGAUGUGCAAGAACUGCAAACACGCCUUCUGCUGGUACUGUCUGGAGUCUCUGGAUGACGACUUUCUCCUGAUCCACUAUGACAAAGGGCCGUGUCGAAACAAACUGGGCCACUCCAGGGCGUCUGUUAUCUGGCACAGGACACAGGUUGUGGGGAUCUUUGCUGGUUUCGGCCUGCUCCUGCUGGUUGCCUCCCCUUUCCUCCUCCUGGCCACGCCCAUCGUCCUCUGCUGCAAGUGCAAGUGCAGCAAAGGCGACGACGACCCCUUGCCGACCUAGAACGCGCCACGAGAGCUGGGGUGGAGAACCACUCCAAGGAUGGGUCAUCUUUUCUUUUUCCUUUUCACCCCCUUUAAUGGUUCCGUUUGUGCCCUCCCACCAGCUUCGAGUGCUUCAUGUUUUUCGGGCUCCGCCUCCCCGCCGCUCUCUCGGGCCACUCUGCAUGAAAGGGGCAUGGUAGGAAAGUGACCCUACACCUUGGCCUUAAGAGAGGUGCGGGGGUUAAAGGUCAGAGGGGGGAAGUUGGACUUGUCUGAGGACCGCUAUGUCUUUGUGUGCAAGAUGGUGAUGGUUUUUGGGAUGUAAAGGAAGACUGGGUCACUUUAUGUGUCCUCGCUGUGGGUCACUGUGGUGUGGUGUUUUCUGCAGAAGAUUCAGCGUACGGACGUUGUUGUGCAGGAGCCACGCUGAAGGAAAAAAAAAAAGAACCCUCGCUCUGUUUCUUAGUGGGUUUGAUGUAUGAUACAAAAAGUUUUCUUUUUCUUUUUCUCGUUCCUGCCACCGCCGCCACACCUGAUGUAGCUCUACAGACUCGGUCAGUAGCAUUGGAGUUGCGCCACGCAUGUUUGGCGUCGACCCGGUCUGCACACGGAACACGAUUCCUCCGCCGUGUCCCCCGACUGCGAUGGGAGGCUGUUGUCGCUCAUCAUGUACAGCACGUCCUCUUGAUGAUGUCAAUGUUUUAUAACCUGUCGCUUUUAUUAGAACUGUGCUCCGAGUUGUGUCUAUGUGUUGUACUUUAGAGUGUUACUACAACCCAUUAGGUACACAAUGUUAAAGGGGGAAUGCCACUGAAAUCCAAGAUUUGUUUUCUCUGGUCAAAUGAUUCGUCCUUUUAGACUGUGUACACUGGAGGUUGUCAUGUUUCUAGAUCCAGACAUUGUUUUAAAUGAGUGGCGUUCCCCUUUAAAGAUUUGCGUUAAUUCAAAGUUUAUGAGCGGACUUUGUAUCCACAUGUUGUGGGAACCAUUUUAAUACUUCACUUAAAGAGAUGUCACUCCUGUAAUUCUCAGUUCCUGAGUGGUAGAUCAGCCAAAUAGAGAUGAAUAGCCUUAAACUGAGAAGAGCCAAAAUCAGGCAUUUUCCCCCCCUGUGCUUUAAAGAAAAAAAAAAAAAGAGUUCAAAGUCCAAUUAUUCCCAGGGAAAAGCAUGGUUAAAGGCAUUUUUAAAAACAUAGCAGACAGUCAGUGAAGCCCUUUAUUCAAAUGAUUCUAUGAUGUCACCCAUAUGCCACAUUGUUUAUAGCCAUACUGUAUAAAAUAAGGGGGAAAAAAAGCACUGUCCUGAACUGAUGCUCUUUGUGACCUUGGACCUGGAUUUCUUAAGCCUCUCUGAGGAGGAGGAGGAAGAGGAGGAGGAAGAGGAGGAGGAGGAGGAGUGCAAACUUGCAUAUGUUAGUGGUCCAAGUGUUGGCGUUUCAUUUUUGUUGGUCGCUAAAUCCUCCGACAACAAGCAGCUAUACCGAGGCCCCGGAGAGUCAAAUCUAUAAGAAUGUUCCAUUGUUUUUUUGGGGCACACAACGAUGAAGCCGCUCUCUACUACAUCACUUUAUCUAUGCAAGUUUGUACGUUACCAUUCUUAAAGGCUGUCGAUUUACUUUCAUCAUAAUCAACUGUGUGUCACAGGCGUGCAAGCUGCAGAAUGUCCCAGUACGUGUGCAAUGUGCAUCAUCACGGUGUUUCUUUGAUCAGGGAAUUGUUCAGAAUCAUCUACGUUGCUUUUACAUGCUUUGAAAUCCGAGACAUGAUUUGUUGGUGUCUGUUUUUCUGGGCAUUUUUGAACAACUUCACACACACACAGAAAAAAAUGCAGUUACUUUCUAUUAUGAUCGGUAAAGGAGGGUGAAAAAAAAAAAAGGUCAAACGAUUUUGUCAUGAAUUGUGUAAUUCACCAGUGUAGCUUUUUUAAAAGUGUGGCUACAGUUGCUAAAAUAAAAAGGAUGGUCAAUAUUUUACAACAGUAGCUAUUCAAAGCUUAACUGUAGCUCUACUCCUCGUCAUAGUCGCCUUACAUUAUGAUCACCUUUACCUGUAGCCUGUUGCGUUCACUCACCUCUUGUGUUGGCCUAAUGAUUUUUGAUAUCCAUUAGGAUGUUCACUUCCCAAAAAUGCCUGAAUUCCUUUUGUUUUUGUCGUUGUUUCCAUGACAAUCGUGCCAAGCAGACUUCCUGGAAAGGGGGAAAAGGAAACAGAACUGUCGACUGUUUGUGCAUUUUGACCGUAUCUUUGUAUAACGCGUUAACAGUUUUUAACAGAGUUGGAAAAUAUUUGAAUGCUUCUCUUAUGUAAAGCACUUCUUUUUGGGUUUCAUUGUUUUACUUCUUUAUAUGAACCUGUGUGUGUGUGUGUGUGUGAUACGGUGCCUGCUGUGUUCGACAGCUGAAAUCAAUGUCACCUCAACAACAGAAAGGUCAAAACCAUGCGAGAGACUGCAAAUUUACCCAUUACUGUAAGUGUUUCUGCAGUGCAACCAUUCAGGGCUCUGAUAUCACCAGGAUUAAAAAAAACUAUUCAUGUAUCAGUCCACAGUAACAUCACGGCCAUUCUUCUUUACCUACUGUAUAUACUGUAUUAUGCAACAAACAGAAAAAAAGGGCCAAACAGCAGUGUCACAAUUCAUCAUGACUCAUUUUCUAAGGUCAAUACAAAGGUUUAAAGGCACUUAUCAUCAGCACACCUAUUGGAACAGGACAGUCCGACUGAUUCACACAAGCUUCAGAUCUACUUUGCAAAAUCUAUCCGAAGGUGGAGUUUGGUUAUGAGCAGCAGUUUUCUAUUAUAUAACCCGAGCUGUUGUGUCAAGAGAUGAAGCUGCAUGAUUCUUCUCUGACGUACAUGUUAAAUAUUACUAUAUGGUAGCCUCAGAUCUUUUUCAAAAUUGUAGCGUUGUCACCAUUUCGACCAGCAUUUAUUUUUCUUGAAGAAAAUGGUUUUGAUGUACGUUCUCCAACAUGCAGAAGGCUCAUGUGUCUGUUCCUUUAUUUUCGUAUAUGACUGUGUUGCAUCAUAGCUGUUGUAGUUGAAUGAUUCUUUUUUUUCCAGACAUGAUCAGGCCCCAAAUGGUCAAUUAAAUGUAACUCGCCUCAGUAAAAGUGGAUUAUUCUUCUGAGGAAACGCCGUCUGUACAUAAGGUUUCUGUGUUUGGAGGAAGUGAACGAUUUGUCCACUCUGGCUCAGUAACGGAAGGUGAAUUGAUGUGGGUUUAGAACAAAGAAAUCAACCGUGUAAAGUGGCAUUUUUGGAUCCAUUCUUUACGACUUUAGACUCAGCAUCUCAGUAUAUCUGCAGUUCCACUAACACUGUGACACCAGGUAUUAAAGGUUGUUGUUUUUUGUGA